AUGACCCACUUCCUCAACUCGCGCUUCGCCUUCUUCUAUUUACGGAGAGAUAGAUCCCAGAAGGAGACGGACGCGCAGGGCUAUCAAAACGCGGUCCAGAAAAUUGGGAGUUUCGAUAGCGUCGAGGGCUUCUUCGGCAUCUAUGACCACCUCGUGAAGCCCCAUUCAUUAACAAGUGAAACGCACGUCACGGACUACCACCUCUUCCGCGAGGGCAUCUCGCCGACGUGGGAGGAUGCCAAGAACCGGAACGGGGGUAAGUGGAUCGUGCGUCUCAGAAAAGUAGAGGGUCUCGCGUCGUUGUACUGGGAGGACCUGAUCAUGGCCCUUGUUGGUGAACAAUUUGGCGACGUCGGGUGCCAGGUCUGCGGCGUCGUCGUCUCCGUGCGCCAGCACGAGGACAUCUUGUCCGUAUGGACGCAGGACUCCAAGGACGACGACGCCAUCGCGAAGAUCCGGGACGCGAUCAAGACGAAUUUGGACCUGCCGACGUUCGUCACGCUAGACUACAAGCGCCACGCCUUCCACGGUGGUCAAGGAAGGGCCUGGGGCGGCAAGCGCAAUCAAGGACAUGGGGACCGGCCGCACCGUGGUCACCGCAACGACCGGGGCCCGCGCCACCAUGUGAGGGACGACGCGCCGGCGCCGCCGCCCGCGGAGCGCGACUGGGGCGCGCUGCGCCGCAAGUAGACGCUGCGCUUCUUCGGGAACGCCGCGCGGUCUAACUUGAUACUUCAUUUACUGAUUUUCGUUUGA